AUGUCGUCGGCGUCUAGCUUCCACUUGCCCCCCCACGACGACGACGACGACGACGACGACCCAGAACAGGUCCCACCUGCGUGCCCAUUCCUCCACCGCGCCAACAACAUCUCCGCCGCGCACGCGCAGGGGCACCCGAGCUGGCACUUUCCUGCGGCGCAUCGCUCGGACGUGGCGCCACCCUCGUUCGCCAUCGGCAGUACCUACAACCCGGACCGGGACGAGAGCGCCUACUCUUUCGACAACGCCUACCACGCCGCGCCCUCACCCCCCGCCCCCAGCUUUCUCGACAACAUCCUCAACCCCGUCGAGAACGCCUUUGGUCGCAGCUUCGGCGAGGGCGGCAUGUCGUCAUCGCGAGGGCCAGGGCGCUCCGGCCGCCUGUCCAACGGCUACGUCGACUUGACAGACUCGCCCGACGUCACCACCACGUCGCGCAAGACGAAGAGGCAAAGCCCCGCGCCCGGCCCGUCCACGAAGAGGCAGAGGCGCAACGAUGGCUGCGCGCCACAGUCCUCGGGCAGUUCAGCAGAGGCAACAGUGGAGGAGAUCGAUUUGUCCGCCGAGAAGCAUACAGUGCAGGAUGUGCUCCAGAAGCAGCGCGAGGAGGCCGUCAAGGCGCAGGCACAUCCCGAGGAGAAGGCCACCACUUUCAACACCUUCAACUGCGUCAUCUGCAUGGACACGCCUACCGACUUGACGGCGACAGCCUGCGGCCACCUCUUCUGCCACACCUGCCUGAUGGAGGCCCUCAUAGCAGGCGAGAACCGCGGCAACCCAGGCGAGCAGCGCCGGUCCCAGUGUCCCGUCUGCCGCAAAAACAUCAACCGAGCCAAGGGCUCAGACAUCAUUCCGCUGCUGCUCAAGAAGGGACUCGCUACACAGCCCAAGAAGACGAGGCCCAUUGGCGCAAGCACUACCACAGCAUCAAAGGUAACGUCAUAG